AUGAACCCAACACGUCCACUUCAAACCUGGCUUUUCUUGGUUCUCAUUGUUCAAGCGCUCGUUGUCCAAUAUGUACAAGGCAGAGAGCUCAACUUCACUGAAUUAUUCCUUCUAUCAGGCCAAUCAAGUUCGAUCGAUCGCCUCAAUCAGACUUUGCUACCUCAAGACAUAUCCGCCAGUAGACCGGCCGUCUUUUGCGACGGGAACGAAUAUGGAAAAGACCUAGUUGUUGCAGACUGCAGGGACGCCAUUACAGGGAUCAGACGCAACACACAGCGGGUGAGAUUUGGCGAACGCUCCGCUGACAUACGCACAUGGGACGUGGGCCUUCCUUCCCGACAGAUAGGGUUACAGGGACUUUGCACGGUUCAAUUGGAAUUUAAGCCUGGCAAAUCAUCCGCUAUUGCGACCUCACUUGUUGUAUUCCAAGCCGCCGUCGCCGUUUUAGGGACCUGCGUCGCAGGAACAGGGAUAAACACAGGUGGACUUGCAAUCGAUAUAGGCGGAGACAACAAUUUAGGCGUGGCUCUAGCCUCGUAUGAUCCGCAUGUGCAUUGCGUCGAUGGCUCCAUCGGUCCACCAGGCUCUACAGUUCCCCCUCUCAAAUCUUGCAAUGCCGUUGUAGGCUUCAUGUUCGCUACGAAAGAUGUCAUCUCAUUUGGCAAACCAGGCAGUGGCGCAAGUAGAAUCGUUCCAGGCGUGGAUGCAUCUCCAGAUCAUCAAUGUGUUUUAGAAGUUGAUACUACCGGGCCGAUGGACAACGUGUCUUGGUAUGAUAUUUGGGCGGCUGCUGUAGCUGUUACUGGAAUGUGUGUAAGAAGUGGAAAAACGGGCAAGGCGACGGGUCUCGGUGAGAAUGGUAAUAUCUUCAUUACGAUGUGGAAUCCCUCUUCGGCCUCUGGAGUACCUGUUAUUACACGCAAUACAACCUUGAUAAGCAAUGUAAGAGAGUUGGAAGCAUCAAACGAUUCGUGGUCGACGGCUUAG